GAAACGCAAAGUUCCGUUGAAUGUUACGUCUAUUCUCUGCGUCUUCUCCGUGAUAUUGAAUCUGCUCUAUGCUCGUCCGAUCCGUAGAGGAAUACGUUGAUUAACUUUAUUUUAUACGUACGUGUCGUACACGCGUCUGUCGUCCGUAUUAUUUAACGCGAGUGAAUAAAAUAAUUUUUAUCGGUGAUAAAUGCGACGAUCGAUGUAGAUUGCGUCGCUUGUGAUGUCUGUUUAAAAAGAACGCCAUUGAUUUCAUCGUAACGUUAUUUGUACUUGCGUACUUAUCGUGAACGUGUUUUAUUUAUAAAAAUUGAAAUUAUUUUAUUUUGAAAUUAUGGAUUUAUUACCAGAACAUAAUUCGACGUUUUGGAAAAUUGGUAGAUUAAAAACGUUUGAAGAUUGGCCGUUUCAAUCUUCUGACAAUUCGUGCAAUCCCGAGCGGAUGGCUGCUGCUGGUUUUUAUGUAGUGGGUGGUAAGAAAGAACCCGAUUUGGUUGAAUGUUUUAUUUGUUCCAAACAACUUGAUAGUUGGGAUCCGGAUGAUGAUCCCUGGAAUGAACAUAUGAAACACGAAUCGCAAUGUUCCUUCAUUAGAUUGGGAAAAUCGGAUGAGACUACUUGGACUGUGAACGAAUUGUUCGAUUUGUUUAAAAGAUAUAUGGUUAAGGAAUGCAUACACGAAUUGGACAAAGCUGUGAUUAAGGCGAAAGAGGAAAGUGCACGAUUGGUACGUGAAAUACCUCAUAUUUAUAAGAAAGUAAAGAAAGGAAAGAGAGUAAAAAAUUAACGAUAUGCUCUAAAAAAAUAAGAAUUAAAAUAGCGUUAUUUAUCCGAUGAUUAACGAUGUGAUCUUUUCUUUUUUUUAAUAAAAUUUUAUAUUUUAAAAUAAAUAUGAAUAGGGUUUUCUUUCGA